GACCGGUAACGGCCACGGGACGGGGACACGGGGAACACGGGAACCCCAGAGACCCCAGAGCCGUCCGGGGGACAGGGCGGGGGACACGGGGGACGGGACGGGACGGGACGGGACGGGACGGGACGGGACGGGACGGGACGGGACGGGACGGGACGGGACGGGACGGGACGGGACGGGACGGGACGGGACGUUGCUGCCCCUGCGGAGCCCAACGGGCGCCUGGGUGCCGGGCACGGGUUGGGUUGAUCUUCGUAUGGGAUUUGUUGGGGCCCCAUAGGCUGCGGGUGACCCCGGCUCCCUCUGCUCCACCACCAUGGAAACCUUCAGGUCCCCCAACCCGGCCCAGAGGGACAAACGCGUUUCCAUCACCAUCCCAGCCUCUCCCUUCAUGCAGAAGUUGGGAUACGGCACCGGGGUCAACGUCUACUUGAUGAAAAGGUCUCCCCGCGGUUUGUCUCGCUCCCCUUGGGCCGUGAAGAAGAUCAACCCUCAGUGCAACACGAAGCAGCAAAGCGUCUACCAGCAGAGGCUGAAUGACGAGGCCAAGGUCCUGAAAAACCUGCAGCACCCCAACAUCGUGGGUUACCGGGCGUUCACCGAGGCCAACGACGGCAGCAUGUGUCUGGCCAUGGAGUACGGAGGAGAGAAAUCCCUCUACGACUUAAUCGAAGAGCGAAGCGGGGACGCGCUGGGCCCUUUCCCGGCUGCCACCAUCUUCAAAGUGGCCUUGAGCAUGGCGAGGGGGCUGAAGUACCUUCACAACGACAAGAAGCUGCUCCACGGAGACAUCAAAUCUUCCAACGUCGUCGUUAAAGGGGAUUUUGAAGCCGUCAAGAUCUGUGACGUGGGAAUGUCGCUGCCCCUGGAUGAGAACAUGACCGUGAGCGACCCGGAGCUGUGCUACGUGGGCACCGAGCCCUGGAAGCCCAAGGAGGCUCUGCAGGACGACGGCGUGAUCACCGACAAGGCCGACAUCUUUGCUUUCGGGCUGACGCUGUGGGAGAUGAUGACCCUCUCCGUGCCCCACGUCAACCUGCGUUGUGACCCUGACGAUGAAGAUAACUCUUUUGACGAGGACUCCUUUGAUGAAGAAGGGUUUUACGCGGCGCUGGGAACCCGUCCUGCUCUCAACGUGGAGGAGCUGGACCCGUCCUACCAGCGCAUGAUCGAUCUCUUCUCCGUCUGCACCAACGAGGAGCCCAAGCAACGCCCGUCGGCCGCGUGCAUCGUGGGAGCCCUGGAAGCCACCGUGUCCCAGCAUUAACAGCACUCGAGCUCAGGGAUCGCCGCUCUCUCCUCUUGAACUCCUCCAGUUAGGAGAACAGUGGAAGUACAUAGAGAAACAAGCUCAAAGAGCAGCAGUUCACACCUUUUAUUGAGCAGGCAGCCCCCCAACAGCAUCUCCUGCAGCACAACACCAUGAGGGGGCCCAGGCCUUACGCGCUGGGGGAAAAUCCUGUUGUUUUAAGACAUCUCAUAGCAUAUAAAUUUAGCAACAGCUCGGACUAAGUCUUUUGCCUUUCCCAGCGCACGCUGCAGGGAGCUCGGGGAGGAAACAGCAUCUUUAUAUUAAUUAAAGUUUUUAAGUUACUCACAAUAAAAUUUAACUUUAGUAGAAACAAACCUACCGUUAACACUAACCCGUAAGACAACUCUGUACACAAAGUGACCCGUUCUGCCCCAGCUCGCUCGCACGGGCAGGGAGAACUCGCGCUCAGCAGGAAAACGGCCUUUAGCCGCCUAGCAAGGCUCAAGUGUUCAUUUCAACAUGGAUCUUUAGAUUAUUAAGCUCAACUUGUACUGAUACGUUAGAUCAGUUGGUAUAAAUAAAAUUAUAGACAAGGAA